AGGCACCUCCUUUUCUACGCUCUGCUAUGAUAUGCUAUCAUCAUGAUGGUGAAGAAGCAGACGGGAUCUUCUUGGAGGACAGCCCGAUUUUGAGCUGCUGGACACCAGGAAGCGUUCGAUUCGACCCGCAUUGUGGGAUUUGAUUGCGAGCCCGUGAAGCCAUGCUCUGCGCCUGCUCCGGCGAGCAGUACCGGUUCGAGGAGGAGCGGCCGCCGUCGCCGCCGGAGUCGCUCGCGACGAGGGAUUUCUCCACCGGCGGCCUCUCCUCGAGGGUCGGCGGCCUCUCUUCCGGGGCCGGCGGCGACGGAGACUCCAAGCUUGACGAUACCCAGGUCGACGACGUGGUCGAGUCCACCCUCAGGGAGACCCUCUCUUUGAACUACGAGGAAGCGCGGGCGCUGCUCGGGCGAUUGGAGUAUCAGAGGGGAAACUUCGAUGCGGCAUUGCAAGUGUUUCAAGGGAUCGACAUCGUGGGCCUGCGGCCAAAGAUCAUUAAGGCCAUUGCCGCUUGGACUCGAGCUCGGCAGGCUCGUCGAAGAGGAGAAUGCUUGCAAGGGAAUGUCAUGUCUAUCCACUCGGUUACUCUGCUUAUAGAAGCAAUGCUGCUCAAGUCCAAAUCUUUGGAAGAGAUCGGUCGAUUUAAAGAUGCUGCAUUUGAAUGUAAAACUAUUAUCGACAUUGUUGAAUCUGCUUGGCCGCAUGGCAUACCUGAAGGAAUUGGAGAUGAUAGCAAGUUGAAAGAAAUGUUUCACAAAGCUCUAGAAUUGUUUCCCAAGCUCUGGAUGCGAGCAGGAUUUCUCGAGGAAGCUAUUGCUGCAUAUCGCCGAGCUCUUAUGAAGCCAUGGGAUUUAGGUUUUAGUAGGUGGGCUAGCUUACAGAAAGACCUGGCAGUUGCUCUGCUCUAUGGUGGUGCUGAAUUAAGCCUGCCUCCGCAACUUCAACAACUAUGGGGCUACGCUGUCCCUACGUCUAACAUAGAGGAAGCAAUUCUUUUGUUGCUGAUACUCAUGAGAAAGGUGACCUUUCAAGAAAUAAGUUGGGACCCUGAGAUCAUGAAUCAUCUCAUUUAUGGCUUUUCAUUAACUGGACAAUUCGAAGUUUUGGCCGGUCAUGUAGAACAGAUUUUGCCAGGUAUCUAUGACAGAGUUGAGAGAUGGUAUGUACUGGCGCUUUGUUACCAUGCUGCUGGUCUGGAUGAUGAUGCAUUAAAUGUAUUGAGGAAGGCAUUGAGCUACUCAGAAAAGAAGCACAAACCUCAUCUUCCAUCAGUCAUAUUAGGAGCUAAGUUGUGCUGUAAACGUCCAUUGCAUGCAUGGGAAGGGGCAAAAUAUGCAAUGAAGGCAAAUGAGAUUUUCCAAAAUCAAAAACAUUUUCUUGGUGUCACCAACCACUUGCUUGGUGUUUGUUAUGGAAAUUGUGCUAGAUUGUCUGUAUCUGAUUCACAAAGACUAAAAUUACAGAACGAAUCUUUGAAGACACUUCAACAUGCUGCAAACAUUGAGAAAAAUGAUUCUGAGGUGGUAUAUAGCCUUGCCAGGGAAAGCACUAUGCAGCGGAACCUUCAUAUAGCUUUAGAGAAUGCAACAAAGUAUCUUGAUAUGGUGGCUGGAAGCUCAGUGAGGGGUUGGAAGCUUUUAGCCCUCAUAGUGUCGGCAGAACAGAACUUAAGGGAAGCUGAAGCAAUAGUUGAUCUUGCAAUGUAUGAGAGUGGAACAAUGGAUCAGUUGGAAUUCUUACGCUUAAAAGCGCUACUCCAAGUUGCUCAGGAACAACCAAAGAAUGCUAUAGAGACCUACAAAAAUUUGCUUGCCAUGGUUGAAGCAUGGAAAGAACUUCAGAAAUGGAGCUUGAGUUCUGAGGUCAAAGCAGUAAAAGAUCUAGAGAUGGAAGCAUGGUUGGAUUUGGCAUCUCUUUAUACAAAACUUGGAUCUUGGAAUGAUUCUUAUGUUUGCUUGGACAAAGCUAAAACUUUCGAGCUUUUCUCCCCAAAGUGUUGGCAUUCUAAAGGAAAACUGUUGGAAGCUCAAUCAAAGCAGCAAGAAGCUUUAAUAGCCCUUUUAGUUUCGCUUUCAAUCGAGCCAGAUUAUGUUCCGAGCAUGGUAUUGAUGGCAGCAAUCUUAAGGACGCGUGGAGGCAAGUCACUGGCAAUUGCAAGAAGCUUACUAAUGAACGCCUUGCGUUUAGAACCCACAAACCAUGAAGCAUGGUUGAAUCUGGGAUUCAUCUCAAAAGCGGAAGGCUCGCUUCAUCAGGCUGCAGACUGUUUUCAAGCAGCUUACGAGCUGAGGCAAUCCUCCCCGGUGCAAAAUUUCGUAUGAGCCCGUCUCCGACCAUGCAAUUAGUAUACGCAAUACAUGCAUCUGGGAUCUUGAGAAUGUAAUGGUAGUUAAAGUUGCAACUGAUGAGAUAGAUCUACAGGUAUCUGCAUAUCAUGGUUUGCUUCUCUCUUGUUCAAUAACUGUUGUACAUGCUCUCUGGUUAUGAUUCAACCAUGUACUUGUUUAGAGUCACAAACACUUAAUACAUCUUGUAACUAUAGCCCUGCUUAUCCUGUAGGAGUCUGAAGAGUUUACCAUCUCACUCUGUGUAUUCUGUUAGUGGCUUUGCUGGAGGUAUAAAAUGGAGAAAUUUUACUUC